CAUGUGUGGUCUCAGGAAUAAACUUGUUCAUAUGCUUGCCUUUCGUCCACCUUAAGCUACAUAUGAACUGAGAUUGAGAGAGUAAAAAAAAUAGAGAGUUAAUAAAAAAUAGCGAUAUUACUCAUUUGAUGAUAGUGGGUAUUUCAAUUUGUAAAACAAUGCUGAAUAAUAAUUGACAUUGAUAAAUGAUUAAUAAUAUUUGCAUAGGAGAAGAAAGACAGUGAGGAAUCCUGAGUAAGAUUAGAAUUUAUGUGAAGAUUAUAUCCGGAAUAUGAUUUCAUCAAAAUACCGAAUAAGAAAAUUCAUUUAGAUGAAGAAAUAGUUGUGAGAUCUGAUAUAUGCAAAAUAACAUCAUAUUUUCUGAACUAAAACAAUAAUUAAUAAAUAGCAUCAGUGCAUUUAGAUAAGAAUAGUGAUUACGUAAUAUUGUUUAGUCAUGGAAAUGCUUGUGAUUUAGGAACUAUGAUAGAUAAAUUAAUUAGUAUACAUAUUUGUUAUUUAUAUAUAGAACUUGUGUCCUACACUAAGAUAAAUGUUUUUGCAUAUGAAUAUAGUGGAUAUGGUUAAAGUGAAGGAAAGAGCAAUGAUUUAAGCAUUAUUCGUAAUAUCUAAGUGGCUUAUAAUUUCUUGGUUCAUUAAUUAGGAUAUAAACCAACACAAAUAAUUGUUUAUGGUUAUAGUAUUGGUUCAGGUCCUAGUGUAACUUUAUCAUCCAAUCCUUAAUUUCCAAUAGGUGGGUUGAUUAUAGAAAGUGGUUUUAGUUCUGGAUUAAGAGUUAUCAGUAAUAAAAUAGAAGACACUCCUUAUUAUGAUUUAUUCCCAAAUAUUGAUAGAAUUCAACUCAUUAGAUGUCCUAUAUUUAUUAUGCAUGGAGCUAAUGAUAAAAUAAUAUCUGAUGAACAUGCUAAAUAAUUAGCAUAGAAAUCAAAUAAUUUAUAUGAAUUAUGGAUACCUGAUAAUGUUGGUCAUUCUGGUAUUGAUACAGAUUUAUAAUAUCGUAAAUGUUACUUUUAAAAAUUGAGAGAGUUUAUUGAUUGUAUUAAUUUACACUCUUAUCAUAGAUAUCACCUUAUAAAAUGAAAAUAUUCCUGAUUUAAUUGAUAAGAAUACUGCCAAGUCACAUGAAGUUACAACAUGUAAACAUUAUUAUUAAACUAAAUUAUUUUGAUUCAAUAUUAAUUAGUUUUUAGGAAUACAUCAUCAUAUAAAUAUUAUUAUUAAUUAUUAAAUAUAUAUUCAAUGUAAACAUGAUUAUUUAUUUAUAGGCUUUAAGAGUAUCAAUUAAUCUAGAAUGUCUAAAUAUAAGUGUAGAAAAUUCAAAAAAAAUAUCCGUUAAUCUCCAAUGUUGAUUAAUUUCAAAACGAUCUUAUAACCUUAUUUUCUAUUCAAAACUAAGAAUCUUUAAAGAAACAAUUAUUAACCUUACUUCAUCAAUAUAAAUUACCAAUACAAUCCCUUGAAUUUAAUUAAUUAACUAGAAAAGAAAAUUUAAUUAUUAUAAAAAGUAACAAUGCUGAAAUUAAAUUGACUAUGAAUGGAAGAUUCAUUUAUAAUCAUCUUGAAUAAAACAUUACCUAUUAAAUAUUUCCUAAUAAAUGUAUAUAUCAUGGUUAAAUUAACAAUAAAAAACCAAAUGGAGAAGGAAGUUUUAAAUGGGAUAAUGGUGAAUAUUAUAUAGGUCAAUGGUUAAAUGCUUAGAAACAUGGUUUUGGUUAAUGGACAGGAACAUAAGAAGAUUAUUAUAUUGGUUAAUGGGUAAAUGGAUAAUAAGAUGGAUUAGGUGAACAUAAAUGGAAUGGAGAUGUUUAUUUUGGUUAAUGGAAGAAUUCAGUCAAAAAUGGAUAUGGAGUUGAACAAUUUCAAAAUGGUGAUAAAUAUAUUGGAAACUAUUAUUGUGGUAAACCAUAAGGAUAAGGUGAAUAUAGAUGGGUUGAUGGAUCCAUCUAUUAAGGAUAAUUUUUAGAAGGAAUGAGACAUGGAUAUGGUAGAUAUGUUAAUAAAAAUGGAAUCAUUUAUGAAGUAAAAUUUCAUACCUAAUUAGGGAGAAUAUUAAAAUGAUAAAAAGCAUGGCAUUGGAAAAAUAACACAUAAAGAUUAAUAGAAUUCAUUUGUAAAUGAUAGUAGAAAUAAUUAAGGAGUAUUCUAAUAAUUAAAUGAUAAAAUUGAAGAUAGUAAUUAAAAAUAAAAUAAAUUAUAAUCACAUAAUACAAUCAACCAAGAUAAAUCUAAAUAAGAAAUAACCUAAAGAGAAAAUAGAUCAAAUUCAUCCUCAUAGAAUUAUUAAUCAUAUUUAUACUCAACCUAUUUAAAUACUUAUCAAAAUCCUAAUUUAUCACCAAAAAACAACAAAUUAAGAUAAUUACAAUUACCUGGUGUCUCUAAAUAACCAAGUUAAAUUACAAGCUAAUCCAAUCGUGCAUAUUCCAUGAAUAAUAAAAGGAUUUCAUAAAGAAGUUAAAUUAAAUAAAAUUAUAAAUCAACAUCCAUAGAUUUAGAAGAUAUUUAUAUUGGAGAUGCUUAUAGAACAAUCAAAAAGAAACAAACAAGUUUCAAGAAUCAUAAUAAUUUAUAUUUAAUAAAUAAUAAUAAGAAGUCUAUAAAGAAUGUAUUUGUUUAUUGA